GAGGUUACACUGAAGAGCUUGGAUUGAAGCGUCUGUUUUCUGUGGCGUUUCUUCUCCUCGUACUCAAAUUAUAACCCACCAAAAAGACAAUGAAUGGUUUAAUUAGAGCCGGUGUAAGUUGUCUGCGGACAGGAGCAGCACACUAUCUAACCAGACCGGCCGGUGGACGCGUGUUAUCGGCCCCGGCCCGGUUCCUGUGUGCGUCUGCGGACCUGCAGAAGGACCUUGGCACGAUGGUGAAGAAGGACAAGGUGGUGGUUUUCAUAAAGGGGACGCCGGCUCAGCCCAUGUGUGGCUUCAGUAACGCCGUGGUUCAGAUCCUCAGGAUGCACGGAGUGGACAACUAUGCGGCCUACAAUGUGUUGGAGGACCAGGAUCUCAGACAAGGAGUCAAAGAAUUCUCCAACUGGCCCACGAUCCCUCAGGUCUACUUCAAUGGCGAGUUUGUCGGAGGCUGCGACAUCCUGCUCCAGAUGCACCAGAACGGAGAUCUGGUGGAUGAGUUGAAGAAGCUGGGCAUUGAGUCUGCGCUGCUGGGCGCCGAAAAAGAUUCAAAGUAGAAGGAAUGGACGGACUUCAAACAGCUGACGAAACAGAGGACACAUUUAACCGGUUGAACCCCCACCCACACUCAUAAUCCUCUAGGCAGCCAUACAGAGUGCAGAUAUGAGUAAAAGUGAUGAGUAUAAGCAUUUCUUAGUGGCGGCACUGUAUCCUGAGUCAGGGAUGUUUACGCUUUUACCAUUUUUAACAACUAAUUUAGGCUGUGAAGCAUAGCUCCUGCUGCACUGCUUAUACUCAAUCAGGCCCAGAUCUGAGGCAUAAAAUGUGUUUAAUAGCGAUCAGCCGUUAGAGAAAAGUAAUCAACUGCAUCUAGAAAGAGAAAAAUCAUCAUAUUGUGCAUAAAACAUUUUUAAACAUUAAAUCAUAGGCUUCUGGGGGCAUAAAAACACCAAUGAACUAACGCCACUGUUACCAAGAAUCAUUUUACUAUGAGGUUGAACUGCUACUGCCAGAGGGUGACUGUCACGUUCGCCCCCUUUUUUCACGAGCCACAGUCAGUUCAAGACCAAACGACUCCUCAGGGUGCAGCGAGACUUUAUAAAGACCUUUAUAUCACUGCUUGGUAUCAGAAACCUUUUCGAUUGCACUGCCUGUACUUAAAGGAAGAACAAAAAGGGGACAGUUCUGUCUGAAGAAAAAACCAUGCUCGAGUUAUUGAAAAGAGCGGAUAUGGGUUCAUAUUUAAUAUAAAUAUGUUAUUUAAUGUGUGUCUGUACGUUUGUAAUGUUGAUGAAUAAAAACAGACAUGGAUGACACCUCA